AUGACUCCCAUUAACCUGCCAGAGUUCGUCAGUGUGUCUAAACUCGCCCAAUUGACGAAUGUUACCUACCAAGAGAUGGCCGAUAAGAUGGAGGAGCUCGGCUUCGAGAACACAUCACACGAUCAUAUUCUUGGUUCUGAGGAAGCAGGUUUGAUCGCUAUGGAGUACAACUUUGAUCCUACCAUGGGUGCUCAAGACGAAGCAGAGGCCGAAGAACGCGAUCUCAAGGCGCUGCCUGAGCCUGCACCAGAAGACAAGGAGUUCUUGCCUGUCAGACCACCUGUCGUUGCAAUCAUGGGACACGUCGAUCACGGAAAGACCACCAUUCUCGAUUACCUUCGCAAGUCUUCGAUUGCAGCUUCUGAGCACGGAGGUAUCACACAACAUAUUGGUGCCUUUAGCGUUGCUCUUUCGAGCGGCAAGACCAUCACCUUCCUUGACACACCCGGCCACGCAGCUUUCCUCGAGAUGCGCAAACGUGGAGCCACUGUCACUGAUAUCAUUAUCUUGGUCGUUGCAGCUGAUGAUUCGGUCAAGCCGCAGACCAUCGAAGCUAUCAAGCACGCUCAAUCUGCACACGUACCCAUCAUUGUCGCUGUGAACAAGAUUGACAAGGAAGAAGCCAACGUCGACCGCGUCAAGCAAGAUUUGGCCCGCCACGGAGUCGAGAUCGAAGACUUUGGCGGUGACACCCAAGUCGUACCCGUCAGUGGCAAGACCGGCCAAGGCAUCGACGAGCUCGAAGACGCAGCAGUGACUCUUUCUGAGAUCCUUGAUCACCGUGCCGACACCGAAGGCCAAGUGGAAGGCUGGGUCAUCGAAGCCACCACCAAGUCCAACGGCCGCGUGGCCACCGUGCUCGUCCGUCGCGGAACGCUGAAACCAGGCACCAUUAUCGUAGCAGGCAAAACCUGGACCCGCGUGCGCAGUCUCCGCAAUGAAGCUGGUGUCGUCCAGAUGUCGGCCGGUCCAGGCACACCCAUCGAAGUAGACGGCUGGCGCGAUCAACCCGAAGCAGGCGACGAAGUCAUCCAAGCACCCAACGAGCAAAAAGCCGCCGAUGUCGUCGACUUCCGCGCCGAGCUGGCCGAACGCAUCCGCAUGGCCGAAGACAUGGAAAAAAUCAACGCUCAGCGCCGCGAACAGCAAGUCCAGCGCGACAUGACCAAGGAAGCCGCCGCCGCCGAAAAGGCAGCCGAAAGAGCAGCACGCGCAAGCGGCACCGAAGUCGAAGCCACCGCUACUCGCAAACCCGCGCUCGGUAACGACGAUAACGAAACACCUGGCCAUCAAUUCGUGCCUUUCAUCAUCAAAGCCGACGUCAGCGGCAGCGUGGAAGCCGUCUCCGCUUACCUCCUCCAAAUGACCAACCCUUUGUGCUCUCCAAAACUUCUUCGCGCCUCUGUAGGUCCAGUCUCGGAAUUCGACAUUGAGCACGCAGACGCAGCGGGAGGCCACAUCAUCGCCUUCAACUUGCCUCACGAUCCCGACAAUUCAGGACGUGCUGAACGCAAGGGCAUCAAGUUGCUCGAGCAAAACGUCAUUUAUCGCAUUGUUGACGAUGUGCGUGCUGUGCUCGAGGAAAAACUGCCGCCGCAAAAGAUCCAAAAGGUCACUGGUGAGGCGGAGGUGGCCAUGAGUUUUGAGAUUGGCGUUGGUGGGCGCAAGAAGAUGAAGAUUGCGGGAUUGAAGGUUAGGAAUGGCGUUGUGGCUAAAGGAUCCAGAGUCAGAGUCACCAGAGGCGAAGAGAGGGUUUAUGAUGGUACCGUCACCAGUCUCAAGAACGUCAAGAAGGAUGUUCAAGAAAUGCGCAGAGGUACCGAGUGUGGCAUGGGCUUCGAGGACUGGGAGGACUUUGAAGUCGGUGAUAUGAUCCAGACGUUCGAGGAGAGGACCCAGAAGCGUGCUUUGCCAAUCUAG